UGAGCGCGACCGCGUGGGGACGGAUGACGUCAAAGCGGCUCGAGAGAGAGGUGGUGGUUGAGGGCUAAAAAAAAAAGUCUAUUGGUGGUGGUGGCCGGAAGCGAGGUGGAGACGCGUCGUGCGUGCCCCCACGGUGUGUUUGUUGCCGCUCUGUUGUGGGCUCUUUCACCGUUGCCUUUAGCAGGAUUGUCUGCCGACGGCAACCUGUGCAUAGCGUGCCCGACUGCCGGGAAGUCGCGUCAAGCCCACGGGAGCAGUUUAAGCGCUCGGCGCUGCUAGAGAAGUAGCCGAAGCUAUCGGCUAGUGGGUGGCUUCCCUCCCCUCCCCACUACCAGCACCACCACUCUCCAGAUCGCUUCUUGAAGAGCCAUGUAAGCUCGGCCGAGGCCCUUACCUGGAAUAGGUUUCAUUCUUUUUUUCAAAGGAAUAAUUGCACCCUCGUGGGACAAGGGGCGCCAGAGGAUUUGCAUCCGUCCACGCCUGCGACGAUUAGACCAUCAAACAUCAGUCAUGGACUCGAGUCCGCCCAUGGAGGACCUCUUGAGCCAGGACAUGAUGCAACACAUCUACGAUGACAUCACGAAUGGCAACUCGAUGUUGAGCGUCAACAUGGUGGACCUUCGAUUUGAUGAGCCUCCUCGCAACAACAUCGAGGUCAACAUGGAUUUGUUGCAGAUGGAGAACCAGGAGUUGCAUGGCACUCUAUUGAACCAUUGUGAAACGUUUUCCGAUAUCCCUGAAAACGUUUCUCAGCAACCCGUUUCAACUUUUCCAACCUACAUGCAACAACAACCGGACUCUGAUGGCGAACUGCAGCAAUACAUCAAACAUCAAUAUUUUGGCAAUGAGUCGUCGUGUGAGAACCAGGGCCUGUCGUGCAUUGCUCCUAUGGUGGCAAACUCCACAGCGGGGUUUGGUCCAAUCACCGAGCCCAUCCUGUGCGGACCCAUGGUGUCCCCCUCACUGCCUUUAACAAUGCCUGGCCAGUUGUAUGGCUCAAUCAUUCCAUCAAAUACCGACUACCCUGGCCCUUUCAACUUUACGGUCACCUUCCCUCCAUCCAGCACUGCCAAGUCUGCCACCUGGACUUACUCAACAAAACUGAAGAAGCUAUAUUGCCAAUUGUCCAAGACAUGCCCUGCAGAGAUACGGACUUCAACCCUGCCACCUCAAGGCACCAUCAUCAGAAUUAUGGCAAUGUUUAAGAAAUUGGAGCACGUUUCUGAAGUUGUACGUCGUUGUCCUACCCACCAGCAGAGCCCAGAGUUUAAUCACGGAAGUAUUGCCCCUGUUACUCACCUGAUCCGUGUGGAGGGUAACCGCAAUGUUCGCUAUGAAGAACAUCCGGUGACGGGCCGCCAAAGCGUAGUGAUGCUUUUUGAAGUCCCACAGGUUGGAACAGAUUUGACCAAGGUCAUGUUCUGCUUCAUGUGUAACACAAGCUGCCUUGGGAGUAUGAACCGUCGACCCAUUUACACUAUCUUAACGAUGGAGACCCUCAAUGGCCAGGUACUGGGCCGAUUCUGCUGCGAGACCCGAGUGUGCGCUUCUCCGGGGAGAGAUAUAAAAAUGGACGAGCAGCGCAUGCAGCAGGACGAUCAGGAGCGGCAACAGCAGCAGCCUCCAAACAAUUGGAAGGCUCCUUCACCCACCACGCAGAAUUCACCCACCACGCAGAAUUCACCCACCACGCAGAAUUCACCCACCACGCAGAAUGCACCUCAGUCUGUGCAACAGUAUCCUACCUGUGCAGAGGCAGAAACCCAGACUUCUCAGCCGACCAAUGAGUCUCCACAGGCUCAGCCAGUUCAGCACACCCCACAAGUGCCUAAGUCGUCUUCUGGCAGCAGUCAGCCACCGAGUGGAGAGCCGACUUCUCAUACAAGCUCCCAAGGCUGCAAGAGAGUGGUACAUGAACUGCUGAUGACUUCAAGCAAUGGUGGAAGCAAGCGGCCAUCCGAUCAAGAACACACAUAUUACCUCAUGGUGCAAGGGAGAGAAAAUUUUGAAAUAUUGAAGAAAAUCAAGGAAAGCCUGGAGCUGAUCCGAAUGCUGCCCAAGGAUACUCUAGAUGUGUUGCGCAACCUGCAGCAAAAACGAUACAUGACGGAAUUGCGUGGAAGGCCGGCCAACCUCAGCCGACACGGAAGCGAAUGUUCACAGGAAGUCUUGAACGGCAGCCAGGGAUCAUCCAGCGCCGGCGUAGGUUCCUCAUCAGGCAUUGCACAAAAUGGUCUGACGGUGGAAGCGAAUGGAGCCAAUGGUCCCCCAGGGUCACCUGACGGCGACAGCCCACCGGCCUGGCCUGAAACCCUGCCGGACAGCAGCAAGCCCAACAAUACUAUUUCCAACUUCUUGAAACAAUUAGAUUGCUUGGAGGUUUUGGAGAAUUUCACUUCACGUGGAUUGUUAAGUGUCCAACAGCUGAAGAACUUUACUCUACAGGACUUGGAUAAACUGGAAGUGCCGGAAGCCAAAAGGCAACUGCUACUAAGUGGAAUUCAGGAGUAUCAUGUGUCGACCACGAUCUUCAGCGAGACAACACUGAAGCGCUCGCCGAGUGAAGAGACCAUCCACCUGAGCCCCGAGGACGAUGAUCAUGGCAUAGACACCAAGGAUGGCAUCCGUGCCAAAGUUUUCCCAGCCCUGCAGGCCUCUGGCAGUAGUCUGUCCUCUGUCAGCAAUCAGUCUCGCAAAAGUGUCAUUCCCAAUUACAUUUUGCGAGUUCGUGCUCGCCAUACCAUUUAUCUGCCUCGUUCUGGCAGCUGGGGAGGCAGUGGCAGCCAGGAGAUGCCCAGGAGCAAGAUGCGAAAAUUGGCUUCAUCCUCUGACACUGAAGAAGAGAGGCUGGAGUAAGAAGAGGGGGAGGGAUAGAUGGAUGAUGGUAGGAGGUUGUGUGGACCAUUGGAUGCACUUUGUAUGAAAAGCCCUUGGGGUAAAUAAGCUGGUGUCGUUCCACUCGCGGUUUCAACAACUUCCUUUGAGCUUACUCUUUGGUUCUUUCGGUAAAGUCACGUAGUUAGAAAUAAAAUCAAACAAAUCACGUCGUUUAGAUCGCAACACAAGCGGUCGUUGCGAUCGAAACGUGAUUGAUUUUAUUUCUAACUACGUGACUUUACCGAAAGAACCAAAGAGUAUGGAUUCCUGCAGUCACGAAAGCUUCAAAUCAAGAUGCCUUUGAGCUUUGCUUGCAUUUUUUUUUUACAUUCUGCAGUCAAAAGCUAAAGCAGCGUCUUGGCUUUACUACCCAAGGGAAGAACUUGUCUCUUCCAAGAAUGGAGUGAAUGACUUAUCAGUUUUGUUCCUACAUGCCAUUUAAGUAAUCUCGAGUUUAAAUAUUAAACACGUUUUGUUUCCAUGCAGAGGAGAUAGCCACGUUCAGAGCAAUGUGCUUUUUUGUUGUGUUACACUUGCUCUACUGUUCAAAGAUCGCUUCAAAUCUGCAUCUUUUGGAAGGAUGAAUACGAAGUGGCAAUGUUUUUACAUAAUCAGAUUUUCUCAUACUCCGGAAGAUUGUUGUAUGGGGCCUGUAUGCUAUAACCUACUUCAUAAAAAAACAAAAAAUGAGAAAAGAUAGUUAAUUUGUGACAUGUUCCAUUCUGCAAAGUUUAUAGACUUAGUUUGGUGCUGGUAGCAAUGUAUAGAGAAAAAAAAACACCUUUUCUACAUUUAGUGUUUAUGGAACUGUCUUAAGCGUAUAUAUGCAGUGGUUAUUUUAUGCUUUGAAUUCAGAAACCUGAGGUUGAAGGUGAUAUCCUAACUGCUGAUUCUUGGGCACUGACCACUGUGGUGUAGUACCCGUAUGGUCACUGCCUUCAUCUAGGAGUGGUCUGAAAAAGGGUUGUUAAUAUUUUUGAGCUUUAAAUAAAAGCCAAACCUUUAAAGUCAAAUUUCAGGAAUUGUUUUUCUAGAUAAACCACUUGGAGAAAAUAUCCAAUGUUUGAGUUUGCAUACGGAGCCCAAAACCACCUGUACCUUUUGCAAUGUGCUUUAUAUAUUGUAACAAUCACUGCCUUUCAUGUAAAAUCGGUAUCAGGUGCAUGAAGCGCUUGAGAACGUUCAAUUCGAAUGCGCAAUUCCCUGAAAUAUCUACAGUAUUGUUUUGUAUAAAGUUUUGACAAUAAAAAAAACUAUUUGAACUGUUUA